UAGCUCUGUUCGUUCGAUCGUCCGGGUGUCGCGUGUGUGAAAAAGCAAUAAUAAAUUAAGAUUUAUCGGAGAAAAAUAUUUUUAGUUUUUGAUAAAUAAAUAAAAAAUACAAAAUAUGUGCAGCCAACAAAUAUAUUGCUUCAUUGAAUAAAAGUUUUUCUUAAUUAGUUGAAAGCUGCUGAAAAAAUAGUGAUCGACAUGGCUCGGCCAUAUAGACAAAGCAUGCCCCAAUUUGUGGCAACAACGCAUUGCACACGCAUAACUUUAAUAUUUUUGGUUGCAUUAAGUUUCCUGCAAAUUGCAGCUACACAGAAGACAAAUGUCGGUCUGAUCUACGAAAGCACCAACCCCGACAUGGAGAAAAUAUUUCAAAUAGCCAUUGACAAAGCGAACGAAGAGAGUGGCGGUACAGUCGAACUGCAUGGCAUUGCUGUGGCCAUUGAACCAGGCAAUGCCUUCGAAACAUCAAAGAAACUCUGCAAAAUGCUGCGGCAAAAUCUAGUAGCCGUAUUCGGACCCACCACAGAUCUGGCCGCAAAGCACGCGAUGAGCAUCUGCGAUGCCAAAGAGCUGCCGUUCAUCGAUACACGUUGGGAUUUCGAGGUGCAAAUGCCAACAGUUAAUUUGUAUCCACAUGCCUCACAGCUGGCGUUGGCGCUGAAAGAUUUGGUGGUGGCGCUGGAAUGGACCGACACUUUCACCAUCAUCUAUGAGACGGGUGAAUUUCUGCCAACGGUAAACGAAUUACUGGAAAUGUACGGCACUACAGGGCCCACAAUUACGGUGCGCCGCUACGAGCUUGACUUGAAUGGCGAUUACCGCAAUGUGUUGCGACGCAUUAAAAAUUCCGGUGAUUACUCUUUUGUCGUGGUGGGCUCGAUGGACACAUUGCCGGAAUUCUUUAAACAAGCACAACAAGUUGGGCUCAUGACCAGUGACUAUCGUUAUAUCGUCGGCAAUUUGGACUUCCAAACCAUGGAUUUGGAGCCUUUUCAGCAUGGUGACACUAAUAUAACAGGCAUACGCUUGGUCUCGCCGGAAGCGCAGAACGUUCAGGAGCUGUCAAAGACAUUGUACGAAACGGAAGAUCCCUUUCAAAAUGUGUCAUGUCCUUUGACCACCAGCAUGGCAUUGGUGUACGAUGGUGUACAGUUGUUGGCUGAAACAUUCAAACAUGUUAUGUUUCGUGCGGUGCCAUUAAAUUGUAACGAUGCCAGCUCAUGGGAUAAGGGAUACACGCUCGUCAACUACAUGAAAUCGCUAAGCUUAACUGGACUCACCGGCGAUGUGAAAUUCGACUACGAAGGUUUGCGCACCGAUUUCGCAUUGGACGUUAUUGAGUUGACCAUGUCGGGCAUGCAGAAAGUCGGUGAGUGGAAGACGGAGGAUGGGUUCGUUGCUAAUCGACCGCCGCCAAAGAUAGUGGAACAGGAUCAACGUUCGUUGGUGAAUAAGAGCUUCGUCGUAAUAACGGCCAUAAGUGAACCGUACGGUAUGCUGAAGGAGACGGCAGCUAAACUGGAAGGCAAUGAUCAAUUCGAAGGCUUCGGCAUCGAGUUAAUCGAGGAGCUGGGCAAGAAAUUGGGCUUCACCUACACUUUCCGUCUGCAAGUGGACAACAAAUACGGUUCCUUCAAUCCGAAAACGGGCAAAUACGAUGGCAUGAUGCUGGAAAUAAUCGAAGGACGAGCGGAUAUGGGCAUCACCGACUUGACCAUGACAUCGAUACGUGAGGAAGGGGUGGACUUCACCAUACCGUUCAUGAACUUAGGCAUUGCCAUCCUAUUUCGCAAACCGAUGAAGGAGCCACCGAAGCUCUUCUCGUUCAUGUCACCCUUCUCGGGCACCGUUUGGAUGUGGCUGGGCAUUGCCUACUUGAGCGUGUCACUCACGCUCUUCAUUUUGGGACGCAUCUCGCCAACCGAAUGGGAUAAUCCGUAUCCGUGCAUUGAGGAGCCCACCGAGCUGGAGAACCAAUUUAGUUUCCCUAAUUGCUUGUGGUUCUCCACUGGUGCACUGUUGCAACAGGGCUCGGAAUUAGCGCCAAAAGCAUACUCGACGCGCACUGUGGCCUCAAUUUGGUGGUUUUUCACGUUGAUUUUGGUCUCUUCGUACACCGCAAAUUUGGCCGCUUUCCUCACGAUAGAAUCGCUCAGCAGCCCCAUAGAGAAUGCCGAGGACUUGGCCGUCAACAAGGGUGGUGUUAAGUAUGGCGCCAAAGUGGGCGGCAGCACGUUCACAUUCUUUCAGGAUGCUAAGUAUCCGACGUAUCAGAAAAUGUACGAGUUUAUGCGCGACCAUCCGGAAUAUAUGACCUCAACCAAUGCGGAAGGAGUGGAUCGUGUGGAAAAUGAGAAUUAUGCAUUUUUAAUGGAGUCAACCACCAUUGAGUAUAUCACCGAGCGGCGUUGUAGUUUAACACAAGUCGGUUCACUGCUCGAUGAGAAAGGUUAUGGGAUUGCAAUGCGAAAGAAUUGGCCCUACCGUGAUACACUCAGUCAAGCCGUGUUGGAAUUGCAGGAGCAAGGUGUACUCACCAAAAUGAAAACGAAAUGGUGGAAAGAGAAGCGUGGUGGCGGUGCAUGUUCGCUAGAGGGAGCAAACGACGGCGCCGAGGAGUUGGGCAUCGCCAAUUUGGGUGGCGUGUUCUUUGUUUUAUGCGUUGGCAGUGUGUUUGCCAGCGUCUACGGUUUACUGGAGUGGCUUUGUCAUGUUUAUGGAACAGCGCGUCGCAACAAGGUGUCCUUCAAGACCGAACUCAUCGAGGAGUUCCGCUUCGUUAUGCAAUGCUCCGGUAAUACAAGACCCGUCAAAUAUCCAAAGAAUUCGAGUCGCAGCCGCAGUCGCAGUUCGCGUUCACGUUCCCGUUCACAUUCUCGUUCCAGUUCGAAGAGUUCUACAUUGUCCGUAGAUUCUUUGCCGAUGGAUGAGAGUAAAUUACAUCACAUUAGCGAGCACACCAAGCAUGCCAAGUGAGUUCAUGCCACAAGGAAUGAGGAUAAAGUGAAAGUUUUAACGUGAUGUCUUUAAAUGACUUGUCGGAGUUUUAUUCUUAUUUUCAUUUUACCGUUAAGUAUGUUGUUUAUUGUAUUCGUUGUGCAGCAUUUAGUUUAAGUUGCUGUGCCAUAAUAUUAAUUUCAGGUGAAGAGUUUGUUGUUCGUUACUUCACUUGUACAUAUUUUCUAAGAAUAAACUGAAGUGAUAUCUCGGUUCAGAAAUUGAAA